CACCCCUUCCUGCUCGUCGCGAGGCCUCUGCGCCCGCACGCCUCUGAGCUGCACAUCUGACGCUGGCGGCGCCGCUGUGCUGGCACUCGUCGCCCUUUCCCGUCACUUGUGGCCGCACUCGCAUCUUCCACACGCUCUGCCCACUCGACCCCUCCCCACAUUGCCCUCGUCGCACGCGCCGGCGCCGUGCUGCUCUGCCGAUGUCGCGCCCCUUCGCUGGCCGCUCCUUCUCGGGCACCUCCGCGUCGGCAAAGGCGCCGCCGCCGCUCCAUCGCGCCACGCCGUCGUGGGAGGACGAGGCAUGGGCCAGCGACUCGGACGACGACGACUUUGUGUCGCGGCAGCGCGUGCGUCGCGCUCGCGCUGCCGAGGCUGCGGACGGCGAUGAAGCACGCACACCAAGAGCAUCACGCAUGACUGCCAGCGAUGUGCGACCCGGGCCGAGUGCCCCGCCGGCGCGCCCGCAUCCCUUCCCCGUGCCGGCCGCUCGCAGCGCCAGCACCAGCAGCAGCGCCUCGCAGCCCCUCGGCGCCAUUCCGGGCAGCACACAUCCGCCGGGCGCCAGUCCCGGCAGCUGGACGCUCGUCGACCGCGCCAAUGGCCAUCGUGAUGCGGCCGUAGCCUCGCGUACCUCGCUUGCCGGCAGUCCGCCGACCGACGUCGGCGCCUCGGCCGCCGCCGCAGUGCUCGCGGCCGCCGUCUCGGACAGCGAGGAGGGCGCGCCACGAACGGCGCGCGCGGCUGCGCGCAAGGCGAGCAUUUCGGGAGCGCAUGGUCGUGGCCGGCGUAUGAACGAGCUGGAGCGCGAGGAGCUGCGCGGCCGCUUGCGCACGGAUGUGGACCGCGUCGUCGACGAUCCCACACGCCUCCUCUCGCACCUCUCCCUCUCCUGGGCGCACGAGCCGCCUUCGCCGCACUCGGCCUCUGCCUCUGCCUCGCCGUCACCCUCGCCCAUCGAGCCGCGUGCUCGACCAGCGGCUGCGCGCCGGCGCGAGCUUGACGUGGUCAGCAUGGGCGGCGACGGCCUGAUCUCGUCUGGCGGCUUCGGGGCGUCAGACUCCGAGCUGGCUGCACCCGCGGCGCCAGACGAUGCGAGCGCCACAGAGGCGGCACUUUCGCUGGGCAUCGGGCGCAAGAAUUCGACGCGGACGGUGCGCCGCCGCGAGCAGUUCGUGCGGUGUCUCGGCAAGGAGAGCUGCCCGCUGGACGAGCUGCGGACGCUGGCGUGGCAGGGCGUGCCGACGGAGCUGCGUCCGAUGGUCUGGCAGCUGCUUUUGGGCUACCUGCCGCCCUCGCGUCCGCACCGCGCCUCUGUGCUUGCACGCAAGCGUGCCGAGUACGCUGCUGGGGCACGGCUGGCGUUUGCGCGCGGCGACGCUGGCCUAGACGCGGCGACGUUCCAUCAAGUGCGCAUCGACGUCGUACGCACGCACCCGGGCAUCUUGCUGUGGCAGCGCGAGGCGACGCAGCGGGCGCUCGAGCGCAUCCUCUACGUCUGGGCGAUCCGCCAUCCUGCCAGCGGCUACGUGCAGGGUAUCAACGACCUCGCCACGCCCUUCUUUGAGGUGUUCCUGAGCGCGUACAUCUCGGGCGACCCGGAGUCGUACGACGUCUCCCUGCUGCCGCCCGAGGCGCUCGAGGCGCUCGAGGCAGACACGUUCUGGUGCCUGUCCAAGCUGCUCGACGGCAUCCAGGACAACUACAUCUUCGCGCAGCCGGGCAUCCAGAGGCAGGUGCGGCGCAUGGAGAAGCUCGUCGCGCGCAUCGAUCCGCCGCUGCACGCGCACCUGCAGGACCAGGGCGUCGAGUACAUGCAGUUUGCCUUUCGCUGGAUGAACUGCCUGCUCAUGCGCGAGCUGAGCGUGCAGAACAUCGUGCGCAUGUGGGACACGUAUCUGGCCGAGGGGCCGGAUGCCUUUUCCGACUUUCACCUCUACGUCUGCAGCGUGUUCCUGUCAAAGUGGAGCCCAGAGCUGCUCACGAUGGACUUCCAGGGCAUCAUCAUGUUCCUGCAGUCGCUUCCCACGCAGAGCUGGAGUGACCGCGAUGCCGAGGUGCUGCUCUCGGAUGCGUUUGUCAAGAAGAGCCUCUUUGGCGGCACGGCGCAUCUCUCGAGCUAGCGUUGGAAUACACAAACUGUACACGCCUGGAGCAGCUGAGCUGGAAGCCGCGAGGUUCAGUGUUGGGUGUGGCAUAUUCACGAUCUGCU